CUGACUGAAAGAGGGAGGAGUCGCCAUCUUACAUUCGGAAUUUUGUGAAUCAGUGCCUUGGUUCCAAGCAAGAUGUUUUAUACUCAACUACUCCUGAACAAACGUGGCCCCCUUUCAAAAAUCUGGAUUGCUGCCCACUGGGACAAGAAACUAACCAAAGCUCACAUAUUUGAAUGCAACCUGGAGUCUGCAAUUGAGAACAUCAUAUCACCAAAGAUUACUAUUGCCCUGAGAACAUCGGGCCAUUUGCUAUUGGGAGUUGUACGAAUUUACCACAGAAAAGCAAAAUAUCUUCUUUCUGAUUGUAGUGAAGCAUUUGUCAAAAUGAAAAUGGCUUUCCGUCCAGGAGCUGUGGACCUCGCAGAAGACAAUCAGGAGGCGACUUAUAAUUCAAUCACUCUGCCAGAAGAAUUUCACGAGUUUGACUUACAACUGCCAGAUAUAAAUGUUAUUAAUGUGGUUGAUCACUUUACACGGAACCAGAGCAGAGCUGAGGACAUCACACUCCGAGAGGAUUAUGGCAGAGAGAUUAUGUUACAUGACACUUUUGGUGAAGAGGUGGAAGAAUUAAGACAUGACCGUCUUUUCGAAGGCAGUUUUGAAGUGAGUACAAACAGUUUUCAGCCAGAGAGCAGUUCAAUGAGCUUGCACAGGGAAGACAGAAACCCAUAUACCCAGGACUGCUUUGGAGAUGAAGGACUUAUGGCUGGUUUCUUUGAUGACAAACCAAUGACUGCUGAAGCCGGUGACUUGAAUGAGAAUAUUCAAGAGAUGAACUCAGAUGUUCUUUUUCAACCUGAGCUACCUCUGCCGUCAACAGAGGAGAAGCCAGAAUCCGCUGAGAUGGCUUUAGAGAUCUCUCUUCCAGCUGAACCUAAAGAAAACCAGCCUGCUGUCAACCACACAACUCUGGUUAAUGAGCAGGACGGGUUUAUCCUGGAGCCAGUGGAUAUUACAGCAGUCUUGGAAAGAAAGAAAAGUAAGAGAAAGCGCAUUCUGAUCGUGGAUCAGCUGAAGGAGCUAGCAAGCAACGCCAUGCGACAGCAGCUUCUGGAUUUUUCUGACACUUUGACUACUGUGGAUAUUGCUCCUCCAACCCGAAAACUAAUGGACUGGAAGGUGAAUGGGGGAGUGGACUGGCUGCUCUCCCACCCUUGCCAGCCUAUAAUAAGCAGCAAUCUUCAGAUGAUUUUUACACAUUUUGAUAAAAAAAUAGAAAAAAAACACAGCAAAAUAAUCCAGGAGGAACGCGCAGAGUCAGAGACGGAGACAAUGAGACCUGAACAAGAUGUGAUAGAUUUACCACAAUUAGAGGAACCGAGUCACCUGCAAGAGUCCAGAUUAACAGACAUCAGCUCUUCUGCUACAGACGAGGUCUUGCAGAUAAUCAGGGAGACUGAGCUUAAUCCUGAAAUGGACAAUGAAUCCUUUGUUGCACCGUGGAAUGUCUCUCAGGGUCAUAUACCACAAUGUCCGACCGAAGAGCACCUUGAGGAUGUAGAUAAAGCUCAGGACAAUGAAGAACGAAGAUGGAACAAAAGGACACAGGAGAUGCUCACAAGACUUAGAAAUCUGAAUCAAACAGGACUGACCUCCUUUAGUCUGCUGAAACUCUGUAAGAACAAUUACCGUAAAGAAGCUUCUACGAAGUUCUACAGCUUCCUGGUGCUAAAAAAACAGUCAGCGCUCGAGCUGAGACAAAGUGGGCCAUACAGUGACAUCAUCGCCACCCCUGGCUCUAGCUUCUAUAGUUUGUGAACCUUUGCCCUGUGCAGCUUUGUGUUAGAGAUACAAUACAUUGGCAUAGUUGCAGACUGUACAUAUUCAUCCCUCGCACUCCUAACAUCAGCCUGUCUGUAUUAUAAACUUCUUUUUAUGAAAUCCAUGUUUUUUAAUUUUUACAUAACAUUUCUACUGUGUCACAAACCAAAGACUUUCUGAUUAGCAGAUACUGCUACUAGGUGCAUAUUUAACCUAUUGUGCCUCAGUCUGUGUGAGAAAAAGUGAUUGCAUAUUACCUCCCUCCCUCUGCAGGGUCACAUUAUACGUCAAAGCAAGUCAGUAUGAGGAAAGAUGGUGGAUUAUUCAGACUAUGGUGUAGAUGAGAAUUCUAGAAACGUGUCUGUUAUAGAUCCCC